UCAAAUUGGCAACCAAAUAAGAAAAAAGUCAAGCGAAUUUGACGCGUCAAAACGCAGCAAAAGGCAACACAAGGAAAGGACGACAAAAAGCGGCAAGGAAAAAAGUGCGUGUGUGCUAAAAUAUCGAUGGAAAACAAUCGUUUCGUCGGCGGGCCCACAUUAAAUCUGGACUGAAAACACGCACAAACUCCGAUCGAGCCACAGUAUCAGGCGGUGUGUUGUGCUUACAGCGAAUGUCUAUCAUGAACCCAUACGGUUAUGGCCAAUUUUUGCACCAAGCUCUCUCUUAUGAUCGGCGUAAAGAAGCGGAUAGCAAGUGAACAAGCGCAACUCCUUCCCACACAAAUAUCCUUCUGGUUAGAUUCUCCCAGUUGUAAUCCCAUCUUCCCUACACGUCGCAUUGUGCUUAAUUUGCCGGAAGCGCUCCUAUCAGUGGGCUCCGCUAGUGUAUCCCUUAAUUUCUUCAUUGUUUUGAAUUUUAGCUUCUAGUUUCUGUUACCUCGUUCAAGCUGGAAAAUCUAGAGCAUUAGCAUAUCCAGUAUAGAUUUAAAUCAAGCACACUCUACUCUAUUAUCGUUUAAACGAUCACUGCAGAACACCCACUUAGCCUUUGGAAGAUCUUUGCGUACAAGUAAAGAUAAAGCACAUACCAAUCAUAUAUAUACACACAUACACAGACACACAUACAUAUCGAAACACGAAAAAAAAACACAUUAAAACGCCAUGGCUAAUAAAAUGGUCGGGAAGGGUAAAUUACCGGUUGAAUCGGAAGAUGCGCAAAAGCUAAGAUUUCAGGUUGAGCUAGAAUUUGUGCAAUGUUUGGCAAAUCCUAACUAUUUGCAUUUUUUAGCUCAACGAGGAUACUUUAAGGAUGCCGCAUUUGUAAACUACUUAAAAUAUCUACUGUACUGGAAGGAGCCCGAGUACGCGAAAUACCUCAAGUUUCCCAUGUGUCUAUAUUUUCUGGAUCUUCUACAAUACGAACACUUUCGGCGCGAGAUCGUCAGUGCGCAGUGCUGUAAAUUCAUCGACGAUCAGGCGAUCCUCCUUUGGCAGCACUACACCCGCCGGCGCACACGGCUUACCGCACUCGGGACAACUAGUCUGACGGGAUUGGCGGUAGGUGGACAGCCGGUCGGAGGCGGUGUCCAAGGCACAUUGCUCUCGAACGACCCUGCCAUCAUGCCGAACAGUAGUAAUAAUGGUAGCAAUAAUGGAAACACGAUCAGCAACAACGGGGGUGCCAACAACAGUGGUGUGGGUGGCGUUGGUGGUAUCGGUAGCAACAAUAAUGGUAGCAGCAGCAACAACGGUCCAAACAGUGGCAACGUGAAUGUGCCAACAUCCGUCGGCCAGCAACAGCAGCAACAGCAGCAGCAGCAGCAAAAUGGUGCCGGAAUUACGCAACACAACGGUGUAGGGGGAAGUGGUAGCGGUAUGCUGGGUAAUCCGCUGGGGACAAUUGGCAGCGGAAGCGGCAUACCUGGCGGAGGCAUCAAUCAAAAAGUUCCUUAAGCGUAGCGUUUCUCCAAAUGGUCAACCAAUUAGUUAAAACUGCAAUGCUAAUAUGUUGCGUUUGCAAAACGUAUAGGAAUGUUGGUUGUCGUUGGUUGUAUAAAGACUGUUUUUUUUUUUAGAAAUAUUACAUAGCGUACAGUGUAGAACUUAAACCUAAUAAUAGACACAAUUAAAUAUAA